AUGGAAGGAUUUCAUUCACUGCCUCAUGUUGUUGAACUAUUCAGCUCAAAGUUGGGGAUAUACUGUGCAAUCCUGCAACAAGGACGCUCUCCUCUCAUCAGUAUCAACUCAGUCGGAUUUGUAAUAGAGACACUCUACAUUGCUCUUUUCCUAUUUUAUGCUCCCAAGAAGUCUACGAUGCAGACAAUACUUCAAGUCUUGUUGAUUGCUUUUGGUUACGGUUUGAUGGUCAUAUUGACUCUAUUCCUAGCAAAAGGCCAGAAGCGUAUCCAGAUUGUGGGAUGGAUUUGUCUAACUGUUAAGCUUAUUGUAUUUGCUGCACCACUUUGCACAAUGAGAAAAGUCAUACGGACCAAAAGUGUCGAGUUCAUGCCUUUUUCUUUAUCGCUUUUCCAGACACUUGGAGCUGUUAUAUGGUUCUUCUAUGGCCUUUUGCUUGAGGAUUACAAAUUAGCGCUUCCAAACGUAGUGGGAUUUAUUCUCGGAAAUUUUCAGAUGGGGCUUUAUAUAGCCUACAGUAAUUGGAAGGAAAUUUCACAGAAUCAGCCAACGCUUCCAAACGUAGUGGGAUUUAUUCUCGGAAAUUUUCAGAUGGGGCUUUAUAUAGCCUACAGUAAUUGGAAGGAAAUUUCACAGAAUCAGCCAACGGUUAAUCCAGGACUGAACCAGGGAGUUUUGCAAUCAAAUGAUAGUGUUGCAAAUGCAUAG